UCAGAAGUGCUUGAUUAAAGCGUAUUCCUGCACCAACACAGAACACACCCUACUGUGAAGUGGGAUAACCUGCCUGAGGCAUCAGCACAAUGCCAUCCGACUUCCUAACGCCGUUUUUGGAACUGGAGGACGAGUUCUGCAAGAAUUUAUGUGGUCUGGACAUGCCAGAUGGCGCACCAGCCACCACGCAGAUGCAGCGCGUUGUGGGAUUUCAGCGCAGACACUCACUAUGCCCAGUCACCCUGCCCAACUCAAAGUUCAACAGCGGCAGUGUGGACCCAAUCGGCGAGCCAGCCUACUGGGCCUUUACUAACACUGCUAACCAGCAGUGGAGCCUGAAACACCAGCAACAGUUGCCCCGCUCCUCUCUCAAUCACAUCCCAUUCCGUGUGGACCGUUCGGUCAGCAUGAUAGAGGCCCAUGUUGGCAGCCUCGGGUCCAGCGAGCAGCAGCUCCCCACCACCCCUCCUCUGAUGCCCCCACCUGGCCUAAGUAUCAGCACCAGCUCCCUGUCAUCUCCAAAGUCACUCGCCCCCUCCCCUCCCAUCUCCACCCGGUACAAAACCGAAAUGUGCCGCACUUAUGAGGAGAGUGGCACCUGCAAAUACGGAGCCAAGUGUCAGUUUGCCCAUGGCAUGGAUGAGCAGCGUGGCUUGAGCAGGCACCCGAAGUACAAAACCGAGCCUUGCCGCACGUUCCACACCAUUGGCUUCUGCCCCUAUGGCGCGCGCUGUCACUUCAUCCAUAAUGCGGACGAGCAGCUCGGGCCGGAUGGCGGAGUGCCACCUCAGCGACAGAAGAUGAGAGAACGCCCACAGCUGCUACGUCACAGCAUCAGUUUCGCUGGCUUCUCCUCUCCCCAAGCGCUGACCGGAUUCCAACCGGUUCCAGAGCCCAUGCUGUUCUCCAGGGCUUCCUCGGUAUCAUCCCCGCCCUCCACAGGUAGCCCAGAACUGCUGUCCCCAUUGUUUCCAGAACCUGCUACACUGAAGCACAACUAUCCAUUCUCAUCUGACUUCGAAAACGAUCAGAUUAACAACAACCCUCACUUUUAUGCCAUCACUGACUCUAAGUGCCAAACUGUCGGUGUGCAAAAGUCAGCUGCACAGAACUCUCACCGCAAUGCCUUCUCAUUCACCGGCCUACCUGCCAUGCAGCGGUGUGCUUCACCGGACUCUCUCUCCGACCAGGAAGGCUACACCAGCUCCAGUAGCCUGAGUGGUUGUGAGUCCCCUGGUCUUGAGGGCAGACGUCUCCCCAUCUUUAGCCGCCUCUCUGUCUCAGAUGACUAAACUUUAACUGCACAUUGCAUUCUCAUCCAAGCAGAGGAAUUCUUGCUCAAUGUUGUGAAGCUAGGCAACAUAUAUUUUUUAAAUAUCAUGACGUCAAUGUAUACUGUUGUAUACACGUUUUAGCUACUAUGGGUGCCUUUGCUGAGAGAGUUCUGUUGAGGAAUUUUCUGUACCCAUUUCGGGGAAAAAAACAUGGUCAGUAAUUAUAUUUUUGGGAUAUGGUAUAAGGACAAACCUAUCUCCUUAUAGCCUUACCCUUUAGUGUGUAACCAAAGCUGAACAUAAUAUCUUGUCUUGUAAAUGUUGAAAUGUAUCCCAAAAUGUAGCUAGGCCUACUGUAAACAAAAUGUAGCCUUUAGUAAAGGCAAAUAAUUGACAGUAUUAUCAGGUAGUCUAACCAUAGGGAUUUUUGGAGAUGUAUUUAUUUUGUAUGUUUUGCCGUUUGUUUAUGAUUGUGUUAUGCAUUUGUAUAUGAUGCAGAAGAAUAUGCUUUACUAUUCGCUUUGUUUGAGCUAUAAUGUAGCUUUAGAACUUUGAAUUGCUUGAGUGUAGACACUGCCAGGACCAUGUCCACCACCAUGUCAUUAUGCCCAUGAAGGCAAUACUUGUGUUACAAGUUACCUUGUUCAAUCAGUAAAUACACGUAUUGCCCUCACUGGUAAUAAUAAGAUACUACAGAGAAUGUGUUAGGUCUUUCAUAUGUUCUAACCCAACAAGUGCAUUUCAGCAUUUCGUUUUGGUUCAGCGUUUCAACAUUCAAGUUCAAGUUUCAAAGCCCCUGAAACAUUCAUCCAGUUUUGCUUACUCAGUGAGACAGGAUUCUCAUACACAAUUUUGUGACUGUUUACAUCAUAUUAAAACAUGAUUUGUGGUGUUAUGUGAGGUAAUAAAAUAGGCAAACAAUGUUGCCACAAUGUAUGAGUAAUAUGGGUUACAUCAACAUCUUGGUCUCUUGCACACCAUCUGUUAUUAGUCAAAGUGGCAUGAAUUAUUGUGUGUAUUUUAUCUUAUAAUGAACUUGCAUUUUGUGAGCCAAGAGUUUAUUUUGUAGCUCAUCUUCAGCAAGAAAGGACUGCGAUUGUCUUUACUUUUAGCCUUAACUGUGGUGGAAAAACAAACAAGGCUUUGCAUUUGUUAAAUUAAAACAUAUUUAUUUUGUUUUUCAAAGCAAAAAUGAUAGUGUCGGUUUUAUAUUAUGUUGGUUUCUAUAUAAUUUAAGUGUAUUGUUUACAUUCCAUGGGAUAUGAAUCCCGGUUUCUAUCUUAAUAUAUUUUUACCUGUUUGGUUCAAAAUAAAACUUUUGGAAAUCA